AUGCAGAAAGUCUCGGAUACUGGUUGGCUUCGACACGCGACCGUUCCGUUGAUGAUGAUGAUGAUGAUGAUGAUGAUGAUGAUGAUGAUGAUGAUGAUGACGAUAAUGAUGAUGAUGAUGAUGAUGAUGAUGAUGAUGAUGAUGAUGAUGAUGGUUAAUGAUGAUGAUGAUGAUGAUGAUGAUGAUGAUGAUGAUGAUGAUGAUGAUCGAUGA